GUUCCAACUACAACAAUAGUAGCAGAUAACUUAAGAAGCAAUAGCAGUAGUGGUAGCAGUACCAGUAGUAGCAAGUCAUUGACAGCAGCUAUGUGCCACCUCACUCUCUCUAACUUAUGUUCUGCUGCUGUAUGUGGGAUUUAAAUAUUUAGCUGCUAACACAUAGAGACGCAUAUACAAAUUGCUGUGUAUAAUAUAAUUACACACACAUACGCACACUCACUCAUACACAUACGCAGUUUACCUUUUCUCUCUUUCUCCCUACCUUUUCUCUCCCACCCUCACUCUCCCAUUUAAUUUUUUUUUUGUUGUGGUGUUUGUGAUUAUAUCCAACGUUGAAUCUGAAGGAUUUUCAUUCCCUCCUACGUGUAGCACUGCUGCUGUUGAUGUUACCAGCCUGUGUCACCUUUAGUCUAGCAGUUUCCUCCAACAACAACAACAACACAGAUUUGCAUCUCCAUCCACACCACGGGCUCCAUCUCUCACUAGAAAUUUUAUCACUUUUCGAGAAUGGAAGUCUAUAAAAUGAUGGCAUCAGCAAAUGACUCCAAGUGGCAAAAAGAUGCAGCAGACCAGAACUUUGACUACAUGUUCAAAUUGCUCAUUAUUGGCAACAGUAGUGUUGGAAAAACUUCCUUUUUAUUCCGAUAUGCUGAUGACUCGUUCACAUCUGCUUUUGUAAGCACAGUUGGAAUAGAUUUUAAAGUCAAGACAGUCUUCAGACAAGAUAAACGGGUAAAGCUACAGAUAUGGGACACAGCUGGCCAAGAACGAUACCGAACUAUUACAACAGCAUAUUACAGAGGGGCUAUGGGAUUUAUAUUAAUGUAUGAUGUCACAAAUGAAGAAUCCUUCAAUGCUGUGCAAGACUGGUGCACACAAAUCAAGACAUAUUCCUGGGAUAAUGCACAAGUAGUUUUAGUGGGCAAUAAGUGUGACUUGGAAGAAGAACGUGUGGUGUCUACUGAACGAGGAAAACAACUGGCUGAUCAGCUAGGUUUGGAAUUUUUUGAGACGUCUGCAAAGGAAAAUAUCAAUGUGAAAGCUGUAUUUGAGCGAUUGGUGGACAUCAUAUGUGAUAAGAUGUCUGAAAGUCUUGAUUCGGAUCCUACUCUUGUCAACAGCCAAACUAAGGGAACUCGUCUGACAGAGAACCCCAACCCGCAGAAUAGUAGCUGUCAGUGUUAGACAAAACCACUGCUCGUCCUCCACUUCCUUUUUCUUAUCUCCUUUUCCUUCUCUUCUUUUCUUCUAUUUCUCCCCACUUCCCCGCCUCACAUUCAACCUUCAGUUAAUAUUGCUGGCCAAAAAUGUAGCUGGACUCAUGGGUGUCAUUAGUGCCACCUAGUGCCAGAUUGAAUGCAUCAGGGGGAAGUUAUUUGACUUAGGAGGUCUCUGUGUUCUUUAAUUAAAAAAAAAAUAAAAAUAAAGUUACUAAAUUUCCAAUUUGUUAAUUUUAACUGCUGCCAACAGUUGUCAUCAUUUAGUGUAUAUGGACUAUCAUUCUUUUAGAAAACAAAAUUUAAAUUCGCUUUUUAAAGGGAAUUUGAAAAUUUUUUUUUCAUUCUAUUUAAAUGGGGCCAAUAUUUGAUUUCUAAAGUAUUUUCUUUUAGUCUUAAAAGCAAUUACAACUUAUAGGACUUAUUUCUACCAUUUUAGCAUUGGUUUGCUAUCAAGAUGGUCUGUAAGGCAAAGCAUAUUGAAUGGUGAAUCUAAUGAAAUACAAUAGUCUCUAAUAUCACACAUAAUAAAAAUGUAGGUAGCCUUCUUCAUGUUGCAAUUUAACUUUGAUACUUAAUCAAUACUCAUCUGUAGCCAUAGAUACCGUAUUCAAAAUUCACUAAACUCAUUCUUGCCACCUUCAGCUUUUUUUCACAGACAUGGCAAAAGAAAUCUGGAUUAAAUUGCCCAAGAAGACAGCUAAUAAAUUUGCAACUUAUCAUCUUGCUGAUCUCCCGAGUGUUGUUAUCAACGCUCUUCCGGUUAUAUUUAGAUGCAAGCAACUGUUUGCAAUUUGCUCUAAGAUUUUUGUUGCAAAUCAACACCUACUUGGUAAAGCCAUCUGCCAUUCUCCAGAAUCCUCCCAAUAUUCUUAAUCGGGAUUGUUCUUUGUCUUGUCCAAAAAUUUUUAAAAAUAAAAAAAAAUGUCGCCUAUUUCAGCAUCCUGUCUGUUUGGUUACCAAACCAAUUACUAUUGUUAUUCAUUGAGAUUAUUUACCCUCUCUCACACACACACACACAUACACACACACACACACACUCAAACACCUUCACACACAAACACACACACAAAUAUGCAUUUGAUUUACAUUUUGUUUUGUUUUUUGUUUUUCCUUGCAUAAUGGCAAAUGCAAUGAUCAAAUGUUGAAUUAAUGAAGAAGGAAUAUUUAAGAUACUAAGUUGAGAAUAACAUUCCAUUUAAAUAAAGCACCAUAUACCAACUGAUUAGUUGCUACUGUAAUAAUUCCAUUUUUUUUUUUUUUUACAUAAUACUGAGUACUUCAUAAAUAUUAGUAUCGCCUCAUAUAACUACUGCUUUCUAUCUCUAUCUAUUUCUCUCUGUGCUCCUUCUUUCUCCCUCUCACUCUCUCUUUCUCCCCCUCCCUUUCUCUCUCUCUCUCUCUCUAUCUCUCCCAUCUCCACUGUUAUGACCCAUAGCAUCCAUCUCAUAUGUUACAGUUGUUAUAAAUCAAAAAGAAGAAAAAAAAGAAAAAAAAGAUGUGUUACUAGUACAGAUAUUUCCGGGAUACAGUGAUAUGUUUCUGGAAUAAUUUCUUUCUGACCCAUUUAUAAAAUUUCCACGGAGAUUAUUAUCGUUAUGAUUAUUAUUAUUAUUAUUAUUAUUAUUAUUAUUAAUAUUAUUAUUAUUAUUGUUGUUGUUGUUGUUGUUACAACCAUUCAACAAUCCUGGCAGUGGCUUAUGUUAAUUGACAAACAUUUAAGCAUCUAAGAAUUAUGGCUAAAUUUUCAGUUUUGGUUGCUUUGUUCAACUGUUGUAGAUUCCAAUGUUUUAUGAAAUAAAAUAAAUUAAGAAAAGUGUUGUUUGUAAAAAAAAAAGUAACAAUAAUAAAGAAAGCAAACAAAAAAGAUUUGUAGAUCAAAUACAGUCACAAAGUAAAUAUAAGUUACUAAAGUAAGUACUUUUAAUUACUCUUUUGAAGCUAUUACCACAAUUUGCAUAUUUGAAUUAAUUAGGUCUUUAAUCUUUUUACCUGGUAACAAAAGAGCAAGCAAAAAAAAGCAAAGAAAUGUACAAAAUAUACUAUAUUUCUGCAAAUUACAUAUUAUUAUUAUUAUUAUUAUUAUUAUAAUUAUUAUUUUUAUUAUUUCUGAUUACUCAUACUAUUAGCAAAGCAUCUCUCAAAAUUUGCUCUCAAUUUUUUUCUUAUUUUGUUAUUUUAUAUUUUAGUGCUGCAUUUGUUUGGAUAUUUUCUAUUUAUUUCUGGUCAUUUCUGUAGAAAUGUUAAGAUUUGUGGAAAUUCUAUAUGUGGAAUAUAGUCCCAGUUUUGUGCUUACUACACUUGUGGAAAUUGGUCAGUUACAACAUGAUGAGGUCAAGCGGAUAAGCUACCUAUAUAUAUAUAUAUAUGUAUAUAUUAUAUAUAGCUCUGUUCUUUCCUUGUCUCACAGCUGUCAGUUCUGCUAGUGUUGAUAAAGCCAGCUGAUUCUGUUGGCGGCAACCAUCUGGUUUGCCUCUUCAAUGGUUGUUUUCAGAGUAACAGGUUAUUGAUAUAUACCUAUUCAUUGUUAAACGUGUCAUGAAACUUUGUUGUGGGCUAAACCUGUUUGAAACGUAGAAAUAUGGUGAGGCUGUGAUUACAUUCACUUGCCAGUGAUGGAAAUCUUUUCGCAGUUGAGGAUCAGAGCUGAACACACCCACUACUCUUGCAAAUAUGCACACAAUUUGAUAUACACUUGCUUCCCAAUAUAUGCUUCUCUUCAUGCACACAUACACAUGUUUGUGUGUGUCUGUGUCUGUGGGCGUACAUGCACAUGCAUACAUACUUACAAUUAACCUAGAGAGCAAAAUCAUACUUUAAACUGUGUUGUUAAAUUUGGAGAGAGGAAUUUUAUUAUUUUUCUUAAAUCUUUGUAAAUUAUAUUACUCUUAAUUUUAAGUUCCCUGAUACAAAUUAUGUAUUCCUAGUCUCCACUCUUCCUGGUUUUCUGCUCUCUUAGUUAUAAUACUUUAUAAGUGUUUGCUGAUUUCCAUAGACCAUUCUUUUCAAGUUUCUCUUUCUAUUCUCUCUUUUUCCUAUGUUUUUUGCAAGUUCCCCCUCAUUGUGUCCUUAUUAUAUUUCUUAUGAAAGGAAAUACUAAAAUUUUUCACUUUCAUAACAAAAAGCUUUAAAAAAAAAUAAGAGCCAAAUUAACUCUGCACAAUUUAUAACCUCAAAGCUUAAACAUUCUGUGUAGUUUAGUGUUUGCAAUGAAACUCUAAAUUUCCAAGUAAAAUGUGUUUAGAAAAUGCAUUAUUCCUUUCUGAAUAUUCCCUUCUAUCUUGUUUCAUUUGCAUGUAUGUAUGUUAGUAUUUAAAUCAAUACCAUACAUGUGUAGUUAAGUUAAUCUUUCAGAACCAUAAAAUCUGAUGCAUUCCUUUAUCAACAAGCAAAUCGGUGUUUAUACUUCCUUGUUGAUUGAACAUUUACAUUCCACUGAAAGAUUCUAAGAUCCUUCCUUCUCUCUCUCUCUCUCUCUACUCUUCACCAAUGUCAGAAAUAUUUCUCGAUUAGUGUUUAGCUUACCACUGGGCAGUAACAAUCUAUUUGGUGCAGUAAAACAAUCAUCUAGUAGCAUAUAUAGACUUCAAUAAUCUACAUUAAACUUGCUUUGUUUUCUAAAUAGGAACAAACAAAGCUAUAUCUGAUCCCUAAAUACCAAUACCAAUCACCAUUACUUAUAGUGCCUAUAUCCCAGCAAGGGCAAAUGUUAUCUCUCUUAUAUUCACUGCAACUAAUCUAUGCCCUCUGACCUAUGUUUUACUAUUUUUUUUAAUUAUUUCCUAGUUUGUUUGUUUUUUGGUUGUUUUGUUUUCUACUACAUUAAAAAAAGGUGCUUCUUUAUGAUAUUUGAAAUAUAUACCUUUUAAAUCAAUUAACAACAUUUAACUAGCAAUAACCAAAUCUCUCUUUCUCUCUCUCUCUCUCUCUCUCUCUCUCUAUCUAUCUAUCUAUCUAUCUAUCUAUCUAUCUCACACACAGACUGGUCAUGUUAAGGCGAAAAUAAGCAUGAAUUGUCUGACCACCUGAAGUUAUUCUGGACCAAUCACAGUGGGAAAUAAAAAGAAAAAUUGAUUGAUAGGCAUUAAAACCUGCUACAUUUUAAUUCCUGGUCUUGUCUUACACUCAGAUCACUGCAAACCCAUCUUGAAUGAUCUCCUAAAUUAUGACACUAUUUCAUACCAAAAGAUGAGAAUCCCCUAAAUCAAAAAAGGCUGCCUCUGGUACCUCUCUUAGGUCCUUUCAUCCUUACAUGACCAGGGUCUGGUGGGGGGGAGGGGAAUGUAUUUCUUUGCUUGAUUCUAAUGUCAGUGUAGUAGUUAUUCUGUUGUCAUUGCUGUUAACAUUGCCAUUGUUGUCUUCUAAUUCCCUUGUAUGGUGUGCUAUAGAACUAGCAGCACCCAGCUAGCUAGUGUCAUUUGUGUGUCAGUAGAGCGCUCCCAAAACACUUGUUUCUGAAACCUCCUCUGCUCUCCUCACUGGUCAGUUGAGUCGGUCAGUCAGUCAGUUGGUCUCCCUACAAUGCCGGUACCAUAAUUCUGGAUAAUCUAUGUAUUUUAGAGAUCAUGAUCUGUCUUAGCAGACAGUGCAAUAAAGCUGUUCAGUACCUAUA